AAUUGUUUGAGCUACUGGUCUCUGACAUGCAAGUAAGGGAACUGGCAUCGCGCAAAGACGCCUUCUACUUUCAUCAGGACUUCGUGCAGGACGGAAUCGUUAUAGAACGCGAUGGCCGGACUGUGAGCAAAGGUCACUCGACUCACGAGUUCUCCUUUGCGGUAUUCAAUGCUGUGCCUUUACACACUGGACUUCAUCGGUUCGAGUUGACUGUGGAGCGAUGUUCUCGCUCGACGUGUGGUGCCGUGGGCGUGGUCCACAGCGAUUUCGUCGAGAGGUCGUGGCCUCGACGUCCGAGUACGAAACCUUUCUUUUGGUCUUUUGCUUGCUAUGCUCGUCCUAGACCGGAGCAAAUAAUUAUGGAGGAUUUUAGUGACCGGGGCCCCUAUGGUACGCGCGCGGGUCCCGGAGACAAGAUUACUGCGCAUGUCAACAUGGAUGGAAGAACUAUGGGAUUUUCUGUUAAUGAUGUUUACUAUGGAGAAGCUUUCCGGAGUCUUCCCGAUCGCGUGUAUUUUGCUAUUGCCAUGUAUUAUCCACAGACGACAGUAUUUGUGUUAGAGAAUUACUUGGUGCCAGGAUUGCCACGUUUGCAGACCUUGUGCAGUGUUGUGAUACAGAAAUCACUGCGAAUGGAGUCCAAUGCAGAGGAACUACCCUUACCGAAAAAGCUGCAGCAGUUUAUUUCUUCUGAUCGAUACUGGGAAUUGUAUUGAGCAAUUGGAGGUGUGAAGUCAGCUGCCAAUAUGAUGCAUGACUACAUGCAUAUUCUGCUGGGCAUUUAUUAAAUUUUUUGAGGAAGCAAGCGAAUGGUGUUCAUUCUUUCAGGUUACCCACUUGGUGCCUUUUUGCUGUCUUGAAGAAGGAAAUGAAUGGUGUUCAUUCUUUCAGGAUACUCAGUUGGUGGGUAGUUCCACGUGUUGAAUUAUUGACAGACGUUUUAAUUAUAUUGAAGUGCAAAUUAUUAGUUUGGCAGCACGUGUAGUACUUUGACAUGUGACUUCUUGUUACUUUGUGACUUGACUUCGUCUAUUGGUUGCAUGGAUUGCAGGUAUUGUAACUUGUUUAUUAAUCAAUUACACAUACCUA